AUUUCGAUCGAUAUCAAUACUAAACAUCGAUAUGAUGUUUUUAACAGCAAUCUGUUUAUAUUUCUCAAAUUAAUGCUUUUCCACUUUAGAUUUUUGAUUUAAUUUACGAAAAAAAUGCGUAAAUAUUAAUAAGAAAUAACACAAGUCAACAUGUCCACACCGCUAGAGCAACAGACCGACGAGCGCGAGGCGUUGCAGUCUAUUUAUGAAGGCGACCCGCAAUUCAAGGAGAUUGACGCAACCACAUUUCAGUACAAAUAUGGAGAGGAGGAUGACUACAAGUCUUUUCUCGUGGAGCUUAAGUGGGGCGAGAAAUACCCGGAUGAAGCCCCUACUAUUAACAUGAACACAUUUUACAAUAGAAGUCUGCUCCCGGCUGUCAAGGAAGGAAUUCAGGCAGCACUGAGCACGGAGGCAGAGCAGUGGCUAGGGUGCGGCAUGACCUACACCCUUUUCGAGUGUCUCAAAGAUAACCUAGAACAACUAACCGCCGCCCAGCCCGAAUCCGCACCCACGGUUGCAGUCGUAGAUGAAGGAGUGGGGGCUCUGAAAAUCUCUGAUGCGGACGCUGAUGCAGAUGCCAGGAAAAAGGAGCCCAAAAAGGAGCAGCUGACCAAGGCCCAGAAGCGCAGACAGUGGGAGCGAAGUGAUCACAAGGGCGACAGAGCCCGCGGCUGGGACUGGGUAGAUAUAGUGAAGCAUUUAUCGCAGACCGGCAGUAAGGACGACGCCCAAAGUGCCACCGAAAUUCCCACUCCCGCGCUCCAUCCCCUGAACAACUAAGAGAAUCUGCUGAAUCAAUACCACAACGAAAAAUCAAAAGCCAAUCGUAGGAUAACGUGAUCAAUGCCAGAUUAUGAAGCCUUUUGUUGAAAGCUAUUGAAAAAGUUUCAAAGAAACUUAAAUAUGGCAUUGAAGAGAACACCUGAUUACACGAAAACUUAUUUUUGAAAUGGAAAUAAACGACGUGAAAAUCUUUUAGUCCUUUGAUUAAAAUAAAA